UUUGAAAGUUGAGCACGGCGGUGGCAAGCUGGUGCCUGGGACAUCAUGGUGGCGCUGCGGGGCCUCGGGAGCGGCCUACAGCCCUGGUGCCCGCUGGACCUCAGCCCGGAAUGGGUGGACACAGUGUGGGAACUGGACUUCACGGAGACUGAGCCUUUGGAUCCCAAUGCAGAAGCCCAGAUCAUAGACACGGGAUUGAGUGCCUUCACAAAACUCUAUGAAAGUCUUCUCCCCUUUGCCACUGAAGAACACGGAUGCUCAGAGAGUGUUUGGACUUUCUUCACUGAGAAUAGUGUUUCUCAUAGUACACUGGUGGCCUUAUUGUAUCACUUUGUGCAAAUAGUGCAUAAGAAAGACGCCAGCGUGCAGUAUCGAGAGUAUGGCCUUCAUGCUGCUGGACUUUAUUUUUUGCUUCUAGAAAUACCAGGCAGUGUAGCCAAUCAGGUGUUCCACCCAGUCAUGUUUGACAAGUGCAUUCAGAUUCUAAAGAAGAGCUGGCCCCAGGAAUCUAACUUGAAUCGAAAAAGAAAGAAAGAACAGCCACGGAACACUGAGGUUAAUUCAAGGGGGGCCAGAAAGAGAGGAAGGCCGCGCAGGAAAGAUGAUUCUGAGAUGGACGAAAUUAUAGAAGAAGAAGGUGAUGAAGAAAAUAUUUAUUUUUCUCCUCGGGACCUUUGUCGAAUUCGAAAUGCUAUCUUUGACCUUUUAAAGAAUUUUUUAAGGCUUCUGCCCAAAUUUUCCCUCAAAGAAAAGCCACACUGUGUUCAGACUUGUAUCCAGGUCUUUGUUGCAUUAACUAAUUUCGAGCCAGUUCUUCAUGAAUUUCAUGUUACACAAGCCAGAAACCUUAGCCAAGCAAAAUACAUACCAGAACUGGCCUACUACGGAUUGUAUUUGCUGUGCUCCACAAUUCAUGAAGAAGGAGAUAAGGUUAUUGGCUGUAUUUUCCAUCAAAUCUUAAAUGUAUUAUUGAUGUUAGAAGUAGGCGAAGGAUCCCAUCAUGCCCCUCUUGCGAUCACUUCCCAAGUCAUCAGUCAUAAAAACCAGGCGGUCCAGUUCAUCAGCUCCCUUGUGGAUGAACUGAAAGAGCGCGUUUUUCCAGUUCUUCGUAUUCUGCUGCAGCACAUCUGCGCCAAGGUGACAGAUCGAGCAGAGUAUCGGACCUCUGCCGCCCAGUCUCUUGUCUACCUGCUCAGUAAGCUCCCUUGUGGGGAGUAUGCUACAUUCAUCUCGUGGCUUUACAAAUACUCCCGAAGUUCCAAGAUUGCCCACCGGGUUUUUACUCUCGAUGUUGUCUUAGCUCUCUUAGAGCUGCCUGAAAGAGAGGUGGAUGGCACUCUCCCCUUGGAGCACCAGAAGUUCCUAAGACACAAAUUCUUGGUGCAGGAGAUUAUGUUUGACCGUUGUUUGGACAAGGCACCUACUGUGCGCAGCAAGGCACUGUCCAGCUUUGCCCGCUGUCUGGAGCUGUCUGUUCACAGCACGUCAGAGAGCAUCCUGGAGCUGCUCGUGAGCAAUCCUACAGUUUCAGAAACAGGAAUUCAUCCUGGUACUUUAUCAAGAAUGUCAUCAGCAUUUUCCUGUCAGAAGCAAACAGUCAACCCUUGUGAACCAGCAAAGGAGAGUAAUAGAGACAGCUGCGGUCCCAUGGUUGGGUCUAGAGAAAGAUGUGUGAUGGCGGUGCUGAGGAGGAGGACCCAGGACGAGAAGAGCAACGUCAGGCGGUCCGCGCUGCAGGUGUUAGUGAGUAUUCUGAAACACUGUGACAUCUUGGCUGUGGAGGAAGACCUGACAAUUCUCCAGGCCCACUGUCGGGAUCCUGCCCUGUCUGUCCGGAAGCAGGCUCUACAAUCUCUUACUGAACUUCUUACGGCCCAGCCCAGGUGUGUGCCAGUUCAGAAAGCCUGGCUGUCCGGGGUCAUCCCCGCAGUGAUGGACUGCGAGAGCACAGCGCAGGAGAAGGCCCUGGAGUGCUUGGACCAGCUCUUGCUGCAGAACAUUAAGCAUCGCAGUAAAUUUCAUGAAGGGGACGACGGCCAGGCGCUCGCGUGGGCGCUCCUCACCCGCCUCACUGCUGAAUGCCAGGAACUGAGCCGCUAUCUAAAUAAGGCUUUUCCUAUCUGGUCCAAGAAAGAUAAAUUCUCAUCCACUUUUAUAAACAAUGUGAUCUCUCACACUGGCACGGAACACUCUGCACCCGCCUGGAUGCUACUCUCCAAGAUUGCCGGCUCGUCACCCACGCUGGACUCUACCCAAAUCAUGCAGUCCUGGGAGAAAAUCAGCAGUCAGCAGAAUCCCAAUUCAAACACCUUAGGACACAUACUGUGUGUCAUUGGGCAUAUUGCGAAGCAUCUUCCUGAGAGCACCCGUGACAGGGUGACAGAUGUUGUCAAGUGUAAGCUGAAUGGAUUUCAGUGGUCUCUAGGGUUGAUCAGUUCCGCUGUUGAUACUUUGCAAAGUCUUUGUAGAGCAUCCGCAAAAACACCAAUGGAAGAACAGGAGCGCCUGAGGCAGGUGUGUGGGGACGUGUUGUCCAGCUGUGAGCAGCACCUUUCCAGUGUCGUUCUGAAGGAGGACAGGGCAGGGACUAUGGACCAAGACCUGCUGGUGAAGUACAUCUUUACCUUGGGAGAUAUCGCCCAGUUGUGUCCAGCGCGAGUGGAGAAGCGAGUCUUCUUCCUGAUCCAGUCCUUCCUGGCUUCUUCUGCUGAUUUUGAUCACUUGCUGCCAUCUCAAGGUUCCGGAGAUGCCCCGGCUGCCCCGCUGCCCUCCCAGGUCAGAGGCUCCAUCGUGCCUUCUGUGAUCAGAGCGCACGCCGUCAUCACCUUAGGUAAGCUGUGCCUGCAGAAUGAGGACCUCGCGAAGAAGAGCAUCCCGGCCCUGGUGCGAGAGCUCGAGGUGUGUGAGGACGCGGCCGUCCGCAACAACGUGGUCAUCGUGCUGAGCGACCUCUGCAUGCGCUACACCGCCCUGGUGGACAAGUACAUUCCCCACGUCUCCUUGUGCCUCAAGGACCCCGACCCCUUCAUCCGGAAGCAGACGCUCGUCCUGCUUACCAACCUUCUGCAAGAAGAAUUUGUGAAGUGGAAAGGCUCUCUGUUCUUUCGAUUUGUGAGCACCCUGGUAGAUUCACACCCAGACAUUGCCAGCUUCGGGGAGUUUUGCCUGGCUCACCUGCUACUGAGGAGGACCCCUGCCAUGUUCUUCCAGCACUUCAUCGAGUGCAUUUUCCACUUCAACAGCUACGAGAAGCACGAGAAGUACAACAAGUUCCCCCAGUCAGAGCGAGAGAAGCAGCUGUUUUCACUGAAGGGAAAGACCAACAAACAGAGCCGAAUGAAACUCUACAAGUUUCUUCUGGAGCACUUCACGGAUGAGCAGCGGUUCAAUAUCACCUCCAAAAUCUGCCUCAGCAUUUUGGCCUGCUUCGCUGAUGGCGUGCUCCCUCUAGACAUGGAAGCCAGCGAGUUACUGUCCGAUACCUUUGAGGUCCUCAGCUCCAAAGAGAUCAAGCUUUUGGCAAUGAGAGCCAAGCCGGACAACCUCCUGCUCCUUGAGGAAGAUGAGGUGGCCCUGGCCAACAUCGUCAUGCAGGAAGCGCAGAAGCAGCUCAUCUCUCAGGUCCAGAAGAGGAACUUCAUAGAGAACAUCAUCCCCAUUAUCAUCUCCCUGAAGACUAUGCUGGAGGAAAACAAGAUACCAGCCCUGCGGGGGCUCAUGUACUACCUCAGGGAGGUGAUGCAGGAUUACCGAGAUGAAGUCAGGGAUUUCUUUGCAGUUGACAAACAGCUGGCCUCAGAACUGGAGUAUGACCUGAAGAAGUACAGCGAGCAGCUGACCCCGGAGCAGGAGCUGGCCAAACACGCAGGAGUGGACAGGGGGCCGGCCGGUGACACCAGGGCACAGGCCACACAGGUUGCCCCAGGUUUAGAAGCAGUACCAGCUGCUUUCGGCCAAAAACCAGCCAUGGUUUCUCCAGCCCUGAGCUGGCCUACUGCAGCUGGGUCCAGUGCUAACCACGCGCGGGAAGCUGGGUCUCCACAGAUCUCGGUGCCCAGGGUCGGGACCGUGUCCCUGAGUACCAUCGCAAUCCUGAAUUCUGUCAAGAAAGCUGUGGAAUCCAAGAACAGGCGCUGCAGUCGGAGUGUGGGAGUGCUGCCUUUCUCGCUAAGUCCCAGCAGCCCGGAGAAACCAGACGGCCAUGCGUCUUCCUGCAGUGUAGCGCAAGAGAGCAGCGGGUCUGUGGACUGGAUAACCAAACGAGCCAUCAGCACGCCAGAGAAGUCCAUCAGUGAAGUCACGUUUGGCGCGGGCGUCAGUUACAUAGAGACGUCACAGACCCCUCUCCCCGCCAAAGGCAAGUUCCCACUUUCUUUCUUGCCCCACCCACCAGCUGCCUUUGAAAGUUUGGAUAAAGUGAAUUUGUGUUUCCUUUCAGACAAACCUGAAUCCCAGAGACAAGGAAAUGACAUUUUGUGUUUAUCACUGCCAGAGAAACCGCCUGCGAAGCCUCAGCAGUGGAACGUGACCUCGCCUGCCAGGAGUAAAGGCAGCCCGGCCUCCAGGAGGAGGUCGCUCCGCAAGGCCCCUCUGAAAACAGCCAACUGAAGCGGGAUCGCACUGAGGCCUGACCAGGGUCUGGAGGGUGGUCCGUGCGGUGUGGAGCGGCGGAGGCACUGUGCCCCGCAGUGUACGACCAAAGCCUCCGCGGGGACAAGCGCUCCUGCUCACCUGUGUCUGGCUGGCCAACCUUUUCGACUUUUAUAAAACUUGGGAGUUAAAACAUUUAAAGUAACAGAAAUGCCAGGUUAAUAUUCAAGCUUAAUUGCAUUGGACUGUCAGGUCUCUUCUGAUAAGCUACAAAUCUGGUUUUUAAGGAACACAGAAUACUUCUUUCUUUAUAUCUGAAUUCCUUACAGUACAUAUUUUCCCAUAUCUGAUGACAAAAUUUUGACUAUAAUAUUUUUCUUAUUUAUAAUUACAGUUUUCAAAAUAUUGUACAGCUUUCUAAAGUGAAAUAAU